GACGGAUGAUGGCGUGCUCAGUUUCCACACUGAUGGCCAGGUCACAAGAAAGGAUGGACAGCCUAAGAGUCCCCGUAGCCACCUGGCCUAUGGCGUUUUGGACAUCCCACCAUGGUAUCUCUGCAUCUUCUUGGGGAUCCAGCACUUCCUCACAGCCCUGGGAGGACUGGUAGCAGUGCCACUCAUCCUGGCCAAGGAUCUGUGCUUGCAGCAUGACCCCCUGACUCAGAGCUAUCUGAUCAGCACCAUCUUCUUUGUCUCUGGCAUCUGCACUCUCCUGCAAGUGCUUUUUGGGGUCAGGUUGCCGAUUCUCCAGGGAGCAUCCUUUGCUUUAUUGGCGCCUUCUCUGGCCAUGCUCUCUCUUCCAUCCUGGAAGUGCCCAGAGUGGACACUCAAUGCCAGCCAGGUGAAUGUCAGCUCACCUGAGUUCACAGAGGAAUGGCAGAAGAGGAUCCGAGAGUUGCAGGGUGCCAUCAUGGUUGCUUCCUGCAUCCAGAUACUGGUGGGAUUCUCAGGCCUCAUCGGCUUUCUCAUGCGCUUCAUUGGCCCCUUGACCAUUGCUCCGACCAUUUCCCUGGUGGCCCUGCCUCUCUUUGAUCCUGUUGGCAAUGACGCUGGAAUCCACUGGGGGAUUUCCUUCAUGACCAUCUUCCUCAUCAUGCUGUUUUCUCAAUUCCUGAAAAACAUCCCAGUGCCUGUGCCUGUGUAUGGUGGAGAGAAGAAGUGUCACACCUCCAAGUUCUACCUCUUUCAGUUCUUCCCUGUGCUGCUGGCUCUCUGCAUUUCCUGGUUCGUCUGCUUCGUGCUCACAGUCACCAACACUCUCCCCUCGUCCCCCACUGAGUAUGGGUACCUGGCCCGCACUGACACCAAAAGCAAUGUCCUGCGCCAGGCCCCUUGGUUCCGCAUCCCUUACCCAGGACAAUGGGGCCGCCCCACCAUCAGCCUGGCUGGAGUCUUUGGGAUCAUUGCUGGGGUGGUCUCCUCCAUGGUGGAGUCUGUGGGUGAUUAUUAUGCCUGUGCCCGGCUGGUGGGAGCCCCACCCCCUCCGAAGCACGCCAUCAACCGUGGCAUUGGCAUCGAGGGCCUUGGCUGCUUAUUGGCAGGAGCUUGGGGGUCAGGAAAUGGCACCACCUCCUUCAGCGAGAAUGUUGGGGCACUGGGUAUCACCAAGGUGGGGAGCAGGAUGGUGAUUGUCACAGCGGGCUUCGUGCUGCUCCUGAUGGGUGUUUUUGGGAAGAUCGGGGCUGUGUUUGCCACCAUUCCAACCCCAGUGAUCGGGGGCAUGUUCCUUGUCAUGUUCGGGAUCAUCAGUGCCGUGGGGAUCUCCAGUCUGCAGUACGUGGACAUGAACUCAUCCAGGAACCUCUUUGUCUUUGGCUUCUCCAUUUACUGUGGCCUCACCAUUCCCAACUGGGUGAAGAAGAACCCCGAGAAGCUGCAGACAGGCAUUCUCCAGCUGGACCAGGUCGUCCAGGUGUUGCUGACCACAGGCAUGUUUGUUGGAGGAUUUCUGGGCUUUCUCCUGGAUAACACCAUCCCUGGAAGCCUGGAGGAGCGAGGCAUCCUGGUAUGGAAUCAAGUCCAGGAGAAUUCCAAGGAGACUACUCUGAAGUCCUCGGAGGUUUAUGACUUUCCCUGGGGCAUUGGCACCAAGUUCUGCACGUCCUCCUACAUCCGGGUCCUCCCCUUCUGGCCCAGACUGGACCACAGUGGCAAAGGUGAGGUGGGCAUGAGCCAGCUUGCCCACUGCUCCCAGGCUUCCUCCAGAAAGCACCUGUCAGGUGCUAUAGAAACCAGGAUGUGAGGAGAAGGGUCCUCCUGCAUGGCCGAGCCCUGGACAGACUUCUGCCUUUGCAAUAUGCACCAAUCUGCCUUCAUGAGCUGGAGGUGCCCACCCUCUCCAACACCUGCGGCACCUGUACACCAUGGCAGUCAGGAAGCUUCAGGUUAUAAUAGUGACCUAUAGGCUCUGUUCUGGUCACUUGGUCAUCGCAUUUGAUCUUGACCUGUCCCUCUGGUAUUCUCCCAGCUCUGGUGUGGACAGGUGUGGAUGCUGUCCACACAGAACUCUGCUACACCAUUGUGCUUUGCAGUGUUUUGAAAGAUUGGGAGGAAGAGGCCUGGGUAGGGUAGGGACAGUGGUGGCUGUUUGCUGGAAGGUGACACUGAAAGCGCACUUUAUUCCCCUUCACCAAUAUAGACCCAGUUCUCAUAAGUCUCUCUUUGAUUCUGUCUGCUUUGCAUUUUAAGGAUGAGCUGCCACUAAGGGCUAUCUUUGAAGAUUCAAUGCACACUAAAGUUUGGUAGGAAGUCACCAGCACUCCCUAGUCCCAAGUUAUGGGAGAAGAUCACACCUAG